AUGCUGCGGGGUCUGGUGCGUCUCCUGGCGCUUCCUCCGCCUGCCGCGCGCUACAAAUCCACUGCCAAUCUGGACUACUCCCGCUAUCCGACCCUUCAGGAAUCCGAGAUCGAAGAGACUUUUACGCGGGGCAGUGGUCCUGGUGGCCAAGCGGUCAACAAGACCUCAAACUGCGUGUUCCUGCGCCAUCUGCCCACCAACAUCACCAUCAAAUGUCACACCCAUCGACUGGCCUCCAAAAACCGCGUGGAGGCCAGGAAGUUGCUGCUGGAAAAACUGGACGCACAUAUAAAUGGAGAGCAUUCGAUAGCGGCGCAGAUCAAGGCCCAGGAACAGAGGAAAUCCACAGAGCGGCGUCGUAGGCAGGGAAAACUGCAGGAGAUGAAGAAAAGCUGGCAGGAAAGGGAGCGCCCGGAUGGAGGAACAGAAGGCAAGAAUAAAUAGAAAAUAUACCGAA